GCUCUCAGCUCAUUGUGUGUGUCAGAGACGUUUCCGCUUCCUGCAUCGACAGACUCACACACACCGACACACACACACUCACAUCGACAAACACACACUCACGCACAGCUACACGCGCACACGCACAGCGGCACGCACUGGAAGUUGAGGCGGGGGGACGGAGGGACGGACGCGGGGAUUCAGACUCAAACCCCCGAGAUCACUGCGAUGUUUCCACCGGGCGACGAUUAGCAACCUCCCGCGUUAGCACCGCGGCAGAGGACCAGGAGGACCAGGACCAGGGAGCCAGGACCAGGAGAACAAGGACCAGGAGGACCAGGACCAGGAGGACCAGGCUACGGGCACUCCUCCCCGUUCAGCCCCGUGUGGAGCGUCCAGCCUCCGGGAUGUCGGAGCGAGGAGGGCUCCCCCGGACUGGGGGCGUCCCCUCCCCGCACAUGCAGCCCUCCAAGCCGGUCAGCAUCACCUCCAACCGGCCGGUCCACAUGAACCUGUACGCGACCUGGGAGGUGGACCGCUCCUCGCCCAGCUGCGUGCCCAGGCUGUUCAACCUGACCCUGAAGAAGCUGAUCAUGCUGAAGGAGCUGGACAAAGACCUCACCUCCGUGGUGAUCGCCGUCAAGCUGCAGGGCUCAAAGCGGAUCCUGCGCUCCAACGAGAUCCUGCUGUCGGCGGCCGGGCUGACGGAGACCGACCUGCAGCUCACCUUCUCCCUGCAGUAUCCGCACUUCCUCAAGAGGGACGCCAACAAGCUCCAGAUCAUGCUGCAGCGGCGGAAGCGAUACAAGAACCGAACCAUCCUGGGAUACAAGACGCUGGCGCUGGGCCUCAUCAACAUGGCCGAGGUGAUGCAGCACCCCAGUGAAGGGGCCCAGGCUGGGCUCCACAGCCAGCUGAAGGACGCCUCGGUGCCGGUGGCUGAGAUCAGUUACUCCCUGUCCAGCCAGCCCAUCGACCACGAGGGGCCCAAAGCCAAAAUGUCUGAUCGUUCUCCUGACAUCGACAACUACUCUGAAGAAGAGGAGGAGAGCUACUCGACCGAACAGGAGGGCAGCGACGAUCCCGUUCACGGGCAGUAUCUGUUCGACGAAGAGGACGAGGUGAGGAAGAAGAAGCCGAGACGUAAACUGGCUUCCAACGCCGCCAUCACCAGACAACCCAACAUCAAGCAGAUUGUCGCCCCUGCUGAAAGGUUCAAAGUCACCGAUGAGGUUCGGUUCGGGCUGGAGCACGUGUCCAGGGAGCAGAUCCAGGAGGUGGAGGAGGACCUGGACGAGCUCUACGACAGCCUGGAGAUGUACAACCCCAGUGACAGCGGGCCGGAGAUGGAGGAGACCGACAGCAUCCUCAGUACACCCAAGCCAAGCUCCCGGCCGUUCUUCGAGGGGAUGUCUCAGUCCAGCUCGCAGACCGAGAUCGGCAGCCUGAACAGCAAAGGCAGUUUGGGUCGAGACCCCUUCAGUCCGCAGGGGGAGCAGCCGCCUCUAGAGAAGAUGAAACCCUCCCGCAGCCGCAACCUGGAGGAGGCGCUGUCUGAGACCGACACCCUGGAGCUCACAGAUCAGGAGCUGUUUGCCGAGGUGGGCCCCUGCAUCACGGUGUCGGUGGCAGAGAAACCCCGUACGCCCAUGAAGAGCAGCAAGAGUGAGAUGCAGUCCAUGCCCUCACCAAGGCUGGACGGAGGACACACCCCCCGACAGAAGCGCAGCAGCACGCCCAUGAAGGAGCGGCAGCUGUCCAAGCCCCUGAGUGAACGCACCAACAGCUCGGACUCCGAGAGGUCUCCAGAGCUGGGCCACAGCACGCCGGUCCUGAGGAAAGUGGUGUACGACCAGCUGAACCAGAUCUUGUUGUCGGACUCGGCGCUCCCAGAGAGUCUGAUCCUGGUCAAUGGAGUGGACUGGCAGGGGCAGUAUGUUGCAGAGCAGCUGCAGGUCCAGCGCCACCCGGUGGUCUGCACGUGUUCUGCAGCUGAAAUCCAGGCCGUGCUGUCGGCUGUGCUCACCCGCAUCCAGAAGUUCUGUAACUGUAACUCGUCCAUGCCCCGGGCGGUGAAGGUGGCUGCGGUGGGCAGUCAGAGUUACCUCGGAGCCAUCCUGCAGUUCUUCGUCACUCAGCUCGCCAACAAGACGUCUGAUUGGCUGAACCACAUGCGCUUCCUGGUGGUGCCUCUCGGCUCCCACCCGGUGGCGAAGCACCUGGGCGCCCUGGAUAACCGCUACUCCUCCUCCUUCCUGGACGGGCCGUGGAGAGACGUGUUCAGCCGCUCGGAGCCGCCGCAGACAGACCAGCUGGAUGUGGCAGGAAGAAUCUCCCAGUACAUCAGCGACGCCACCGUCACCCACCAGCUGCCCAUCGCCGAGGCCAUGCUCACCUGCAAGCACAAGACGCGAGACGAAGACUCGUACCAGAAGUUCAUUCCUUUCAUCGGGGUGGUGAAGGUCGGUCUCAUCGAGUCCGGUCCGUCCCCGACAGGGGACACAGAAGAGGGCGUGGCCGUGAGUCUGGCCGUCCCCUCCACGUCUCCGCCCUCCCACGGCUCCCCCACGGGGAUGAUCAAGGAGGCGGCCACCCCCCCGUCCUCCCCCUCCAUGGGCAGUGUCAUGACGGUACAGGGGAGUCCCAGCAUGUCUCACGGCGUGGACGCCAUCGGCCUGCAGGUGGACUACUGGCUGGCCUCGCUGGCUGAGAAGCGGCGGGAGGGCGAGCGGCGCGACACCGGCUGCAAGAACACGCUGAAGAGCGCCUUCCGCUCGCUGCAGGUCAGCAGGCUGCCAGGGGGGGGCGGCAGCGAGCUACAGGCUCAGGUCAGCACCAUGGCCAUGACUGUGGUCACCAAGGAGAAGAACAAGAAGGUUCCCACCAUCUUCUUGGGGAAGAAGCCGAAGGACGUGGACUCUAAGAGCCAGGUCAUUGAAGGCAUCAGUCGACUCAUCUGCUCGGCCAAGCAGCAGCAGACCAUCCUGAAAGUGUCCAUCGACGGCGUGGAGUGGAACGAGGUGAAGUUCUUCCAGCUGGCCGCCCAGUGGCCCACUCAUGUCAAAUACCUUCCUGUGGGACUCUUCGGCUACAGCAAGCCCCCGUCCUAGAAGAGAGCGCCCCCUGGGGUCCGUGAGCCGGCCUGCACCUCGGACGCCCCUCGUCCCUGUCCCGCCCUGCGGAGCGGAGGGAAGACGUCCAGUGGACAGACCACGUUCACUGCGCUCGUCUUUCCUCUCUUCGGGGGAGGGGUGGGAGGAGCUCUGGGGUGGGCGUGGUUACCGGUGACGUUAGCGCCCCCGUCCGUGUGUGUGUGUGACGAGUGAACACGUGAAUGUACAGUGUGUGUCUGUGUGUGUGUUCACAAGGGGCGUACAGCACAACCCGAUUCGCUAACUGCCAUUUACGUUUCCGUUCUAUGGAAUGCAACAGCAUGCAACCCCCCCCCCCCCGAUCCUCACGUGCAUGCGCCGGACAGAUUCACCACUCAUGUGCCGUACACAAAAUAAAAAGUGAUGCAACAGGGCUUCGGUGUUCGCAUGAGCCAAUGAAAACACAAAGAAAUGUCUCCUCACUAAAAGCAGCCAAUAGCAGGCCGGCAUGUGACGGAUAUAUAUUCCACAUCAAUAUCGUCCUCGCCCUUCAAAGAGCCCCGGACCUCUUUCUGAUUCAUCUCAAGGGCUUCCAUGUUACAGUUUGAAUCUUUCUCCUGAACCCAGAUCAGUAAAACGUCUCCCGCCAGGUGUCCCUUCACUAACACGACCACGUGGACACAGAUCCAGAGGAAGGGUCUUUUAUUAUUGAGCUCUCGUGAAAAAUAGUUGAACUUUCCCCGUUCAGGCUGUCGUGUGACGCUGGUGUACUUUUAUUGUGAAGAGUUCCUUUAUCAUGAUGCCCCCCCCCCCCCCCCACCCCCCACGUACGCAACAGGAAACUGAGGCAACAAAACGUGUAUUUAGAGGAGACAGCCUAUGGGAGGGGGCUUCAUGGGGGGGGGGGUCUUAAAGAGAUAGGAGCUAAGUGUGUGAGACAGAGGCUGAGCAGAGGAGCUGCAGCAGUGGACAGUGAGGACGGUGUCUCUGAACGUCCUACAGUCACCAGAGUGUCUCUCAGUGGAGCUCUACCUCCACGACACCACAUUCACCAGAUCACACACAAACAUCAGGCCUGAUGUUCUUCAAGAUCCAAGAAUUCUUAUCUGAGAAAUCAGAGGGUUACAAUCACACGAUCCUGAAGGAAGUGCCGACAGCUUCCUGGAUCCGCACGGUUCUCCCCCGAGUGGAACCACGUCUCACACUCGACCUGCUGGUGGAACAACCCGAAUUCCAGUGAGGAGCCUGAGGAGAACAUCUAAGACCUUCUCAUUAUUAUCAUCACCACGACAAGAACGGGAGUUGAUCGCCCGCAACAAAGCACAACGUCUCCUACUGGGAACUGAGAACCUGCUGGACGGUUCAAUAAACAAACACGUGAUUGGGUUAUUUUGUUACAGGUGUGCUUCAUGCUUUCUGUGGGAUGUUGUGAGGUGAAUAGUGUGUGUACAGUACUGUGUGUGUGUGUGUGUGUUAGAUCGGGGGUCUUGUUGACUUUGUAGGUGAACAGAUCUCGUUCCAAAACGACACAUGAACAAAGAAAAGAUUUGAUUGAAAUGUGGAUUCUUGAUGUUUAUAUAAAAACCUGCAGUGUAACAUCUCCAGUGAAGUAUUAGCAACUUAUGUUUUUGAAUAGUGUUGAUGAAAUGUGUUUCCUGUGUGAUGAUGGAUCAGUUUCUCCUCCUGUGUGGAUGUUCAGUGUCAGUGACGUCAGCAGAUCACUCAUGAUCAUCUUAAAGUACUUUCAGAUAUUUGAAUGUAUUGGAUUCAGUUUAUCUGCAUCUUUGUGAACCACUGGUUUUCAGGCACCAACAGUUAAAGUUAUGAGUUAAAUUGAAUUUAUUGUGAUUGACUCUAAUGGACGUCCACCUCAGAUUGGACUUCCUGCUCCACUGCCUCAGAGCAGAGGCCCAAACUGGGAUAGGGUUAUUAUGGUACCACUGAAAGAUCCGAUAAUUAUAAAAGAUUCAUAAUUUGCCACUAAAGACUCAUUACUUCCUGUAAAUAAAUCUGUUUUAACACAUGAAUGGGAACAACCUUAUGUGUUGUCAGGUUUUCAUCGGUCUCACUUUCAGCGACCUGAGGUGAAUCCUUAGAUCCACGUCCUCGUCACAAUAAAAGAAAUAUAGAUGGAUGACGUUUGUCCAUGUCCCAUCUGCUAACAUGGAGGAGGGGUUGUUUAUGACCUAUACUGCAGCCAGCCACUAGGUGGUGAUCGAGAGUCUCUGGCUUCAUCACGUCGUCCGUCUUCAUUAACAGUCAAUGGUGUCUUUAAUGAGUCAUAGUGGCAACUUACGUUUUUUAAAUAUGCUUUAUUUUGAAAGGGUACCACAUUUUUUAAAGUUUGACAAACUGAUUUCAAAACAAAAGUCCUGGUUUCCCUUCGAAGACGCUGGUUGUUGUGUAUCUUGAAUUGUCCCCGUGUCUCUCACUGUGUGUACCUGUGUGGACCCGUGUGUCGUGAUGUGGUUGGAGACCAUGUUGGUGUGAUGACCUCUUGUCAGUGAUCAGUCUCCUCUCGCCCCCGUCCUCAGAGACGUGUCCCUGUGUCGAGUCCUCGUCUUCGUCUGGGCGUCCACGAGCUCUGACCUCACGUUGUCCCCGCCCCCUCGCAGCUUUGUCAACCUGUCCUCACGAGAACGUCCGGAGCGUGUGGACAGUAUUUUUGCACAUGUCAUGUUUCUUCAGCUUCUUUUGCCUUUGGCCUCGAACAAUAAGUAUAUGAAACAAAGUGUAAUGUGUGUACAUAUCAGAUGGUACUUGUUAUAUUGUAUUCUACUCUCUUCUGCUUGAUUCACAUGUUUUGUAGUUCGGCAUUUUCAUGAUUACGUUUGUCAAUCAAACCGAUGUGAGAUGAAAGUGUUCAUUGUUUCAUUUGUUUUUUUAAAUAAAGAUAUUCCUGAUUUGUA